AUGAAAGCAUAUAGAAAAACUCAACCUUAUUUAAGCUUGGUUAAUAGUUAUUUAAUUGACUCUCCACAACCAAGUACUAUUAGUUAUUGAUAUAACUUAGGAUCAUUAUUAGGAUUAUGUUUAGUUACUCAAAUUGUAACUGGUAUUUUCUUAGCAAUGCAUUAUUCAUCACAUAUUGAAUUAGCAUUUGACUCCGUAGAGCAUAUAAUGCGUGAUGUAAAUUUAGGAUGAUUAAUUAGAUACGCUCAUGCAAAUGGGGCAUCUUUCUUCUUUAUUUGUAUGUACAUUCAUAUAGGUAAAGCUUUAUAUUAUGGUUCAUAUAGAAAACCAAGAGUUUUAGUAUGAAUCAUUGGUGUUAUAAUUUUAAUAGCUACAAUAGCAACUGCCUUUAUGGGUUACUGUUUAGUUUAUGGGCAAAUGAGUCACUGAGGUGCAACAGUUAUUACUAAUUUAUUAUCUGCUAUUCCAUUUAUAGGUGGAGAUGUUGUUCCGUUCAUCUGAGGUGGAUUUUCAGUAAGUAAUCCUACAAUUCAAAGAUUCUUUGCAUUCCAUUAUUUAUUCCCAUUUGUAUUAGCUGCAUUAGUAGUAUUACAUUUAAUUGCAUUACAUGUGCAUGGAUCAAGUAAUCCAGUAGGAAUUACAGGAAAUUUAGAUAGAUUAUCAUUCCAUCCAUACUUUGUAUUUAAAGAUUUAGUAACAGUAUUUGUAUGAUUUUGAUUCUUCUGUUUCUUUGUAUUCUUUUCACCUAACACAAUGGGGCAUCCUGAUAAUUAUAUCCCAGGAAAUCCCCUAGUAACUCCUGCCUCAAUAGUCCCUGAGUGAUACCUAUUACCUUUUUAUGCUAUUUUACGUUCAAUUCCAGAUAAAUUAGGUGGAGUUAUUGCAAUGUUUGGUGCAUUAUUAAUUUUAUUAGUAUUACCUUAUACAGAUCGUAGUAUCUAUAGAGGAUUAGCAUUCAAACCAUUAUCAAAAUUUUUCUUCUGAUUAUUUAUCUUUAAUUUUGUAUUAUUAGCGAACUUAGGGCAAUUACAUGUUGAAGUACCAUUUAUUCAAUUAGGUGUAUGAUCUACAGUAUUUUAUUUCUCAUAUUUCUUAGUUAUAACACCAGUUAUAUCAACAUUAGAGAACAUAUUAUUUUACUUAGGGUCAUUACCUAACAAAGAGUAA